CCCUAAACUAAUUCAUUGAUGCAGAGCUGACGCUACACCAUGGCAUAUCGCGACAUUGGUCGGCAUAACCAGGCGCCAUACUAUGUAUGCAGUCAGCAGCCACUCCAAGGCACGCCAACAUCGGACAAAACAAAGACGAUUAUAGGAUAUGGAAAUAUAUCUUAGCGAGCCAACCAAAAGUUGGGCCGAGUUCUCGGCGAACCACCGACAUGUAACGCCGUGAUGCCGUCCAACGGCACUUAUUCAGCGCCGACCGGCUCAAUAGCCUACCGAUCAGCCAGUUUCGAUUAGGAAUUGCGGCACAGUUCCAUUGCAUAUAAAGCCUCUUUUGCAUUCCCGAAUGAAGACACGAUACCUACACUAUAGAAAGCACAGACGGUAUUAGACUUUGGGCUUUACACUUGUAUUUCGCCAAUCGCGGCCAACCACGAUCUAGUAUACUGUGCACGCACGUUCAACAUGACAAAAGUCGAGGUUAAUACCCAGGGCGCAGACCAGGCCCCAAUCGCUGGCGCUUUGCAAACCGUAGACUCCGGCCUCGUCAACGAGGGAGCGAAAAAUGUUCCGUACUUCACGCCGAUCCAGGAUCCGGCUGCCGGGACGGCCAGGGACCCGCAGCCGGAGGGGACCCUCUUCUCCCCGUUGAAGCUGCGCGGGCUGACGCUGCACAACCGCAUCUUCGUGUCGCCCAUGUGCCAGUACUCGGCGGACGACGGGCACAUGACGGCGUGGCACAAGACGCACCUGCAGAGCUUCGCCGUCCGCGGCGCCGGCCUGGUGCUGACCGAGGUCCAAUCCAUCGUGCCCGAGGGGCGCAUCUCCCCCGAGGACCUGGGCAUCUGGGACGACUCGCACCUGGCGCCCGCCAAGGAGGUCAUCGACUUCAUCCACAGCCAGGGCGGCCACAUCGGCAUCCAGAUGGGCCACGCCGGCCGCAAGGCCAGCACGGUCGCACCAUGGAUAGACCGCAAGGCAGUCGCAGGGAAAACGGGACGAGGAUGGCCGGGCAAGGUGUACGGCCCAUCCGCCGUGGCGUACAGCGAGGACACUUACGUCCCCAAGGAGAUGACAUUGGAAGACAUUGAAAUUCUGAAAGCCAAGUGGGUUGACGCCGUCAAGCGCGCAGUCAGGGUCGGCUACGAUACGAUCGAGAUCCACGCCGCCCACGGCUACCUCAUCAACAACUUCUUGUCGCCGACCUCCAACCGGCGGACUGACAAGUACGGCGGCAGCUUCGAGAACCGCUCCCGCCUGCUGGUCGAGCUGACGGAGCUGACGCGCGCCAACGUGCCGGACGACUACCCCGUCUUCGUCCGACUCCCCGGCAGCGACUACCUCGAGCACGACCCGUCCAUCCCGCAGUGGGAGAUCUCCCAGGCGCAGGAGCUCGCCAAGAUCCUCGCGGGCAAGGGCGUCGACUUCUUCGACGUCACGGGCGGCGGUCAGGACGCGCGGAUGAGGGUGGCCCCCGGGCCCAAGUACCAGGUCCACCUGGCCGCGGCCGUCAGGAAGGCGGUCGAGGGCACCGGCGCCGUCGUCGGCUCCGUCGGCGGCAUCGCCACCGGCAAGGACGCAACCGAGGUCCUGGCCGACGGUCAGGCGGACGCCGUGCUCGUCGGGCGGGCGUUCCUCAAGGACCCCAACCUUGUGUGGACCUGGGCCGACGAGUUGGACAUUGACGUCCAUGCGCCCAGUCAAUAUGGGUGGCCUUUCGGACGCACUCGGACCCACAGGCCGAGCAAGCAUUGAGACAUGGUUUCUUGGAAUCAGUAGCCUGGCCUCCACAUGUACACGUGCCUGCGCCAGCCAUUGAUGGGCCGGGUUUGGUGACAGAUUCCUGCAGAAGAAGAAGAAAUGUGAAACAUUCUUCGGUGGACAUGUUUCCCGCCCACUUUGGGGCUAGUUUCCCUUCAUCGCAACAAUACUGUUUUGACCUCACCGCCACU